ACGAACCAGACAAAAUGCAUCACAGUAGCGUCAACCACAAGCGGAAUGAUUCACAGCGUGCCUGUGGCCCACAUCGCACCUCCACGUAUCACCGGCAGUACUGUGCAUUAUUACACCAGCGCUACUGUGCCACAGACGGGACAACGGACUAUACACCAUCUACCGCAGGCUACCGUCACUAUACAGAGCAUCCCGGGCUCUACGUCCCAGAUGAUACGAGGGAUCCCAAUCAACGCGAAAUCGGGCACGUUCAGCACAGUCAUGUCUCAAGGCACGGCCAGCGCCAUCAUCGGCUUCGGGACGCGCGCCAGCACCGCCACCCUGCUCACAGGCACCCCACAGUACGUCAAUGUCUCCUCCAAGUCAUUCCCCACAGGGAACAUACUACACAACGCGAUCGUCUCCCGGAACAUACUAAACCGCACCAACCUCAACACUGUCACCUCAGGCGUAUCGUUCAACGUGACAGCUGUCAGACCAGUCCUCCACACAACCGCCCCCAAAAUAAGCACGGUCGUGACAGCCAGCACCGGCUUUGACAACAUAUCGACGACGAAAGAUAUGAUCGACAACGCGUGCAACUCUUCGGUGAUGCUAAAAAAAGUUCUCACUCUAGGCAGCGCGGGCGCGGCCAAAUCCUUCAUGAUGCAUAACACCCAAAAGGUCCUCUCCACGGGAUUCGCUAACGGAGUCACUCCACCGCCUAACGUCACGAUCGUUAGCUCUGGGACCAGUGGGGGAAUCAUCAACAAUUCUAUCCACACGUCUAAUAUCGUCAGUCCCACUUCUGGCACUUUGAGCGCUACGCACGCCACUCUCUCUGCGUUACUCUCAUCCGGCGACGGAAAUCCAUCGCCAAAAAAUUAAUCAACUAGAUUCCUUGUUCAGUAGUAUUACGAGUCAACGUUGAUCUCAUUAUCGAUAGAAUAUUCUUGAAUCUGCCAUUGUCCCUUUCCAAAUAUUAUUCUAGUGUUCUAUGGAAUGUUGUAUUAGUGUCAGAGAAUUUGAAGAUUGAUGUCUAAAAUAUAUCGAGUGAGCUAUAUUAAUAUAAUCGAUGCGGUAAUUAAAAUUGAAAUAUGCUUGCUUAAUAUAUCACUCGAAAAAAAUCCAAAAAUAACGCAAUUUCUAGUGUUUUACUAAAGUAAAAUCACUUAAAAUAUAAUUAUUACUCCUAAAGUCUGUUGUGUAUUAAAUUGUCGUCAAGUAGAACGUUCUUAAGUAUUAAUGUGGCUGUGUUCCUUAGUAAAAACCUUUUAAAAAUAAUUAGUACAAAUAAAUGUUUCAAUGUUUAUUAGUAAGAUGUUAGAUUGUUUAGACCUAGAAGCGUGAAUUAGCGUAUUUAGAAAGGGCCAGGGCUUUGUAAUUUAUUUUUAUUCCCUAAACAUUUUAGUAGAAUCUCUUCUUUUUACGAGACUGAUUCCUGCUCUCGCUUCUAAUAAGAAAAAUCCCGAGGGAAACUUCAACUAUCACUCCGUAAUGAAAUCAUGUAAUCAGAAGAAAAUAUUCUUCUUCUCUAUUAUUGUAACAUCAUAGUGCUUCUUUAUCACAUUUAUAAGACAAGAGAAGCAAAUAUACGCGUCCCUUCAGAAUGAGUGUUUCCAUCUCAUGUUUUUUUCACUCUAUAUUCUAUGCCAAAGAGGAUUGGUCAACUACAGCCGAGUUGCUAAUCGUGCACAAAUAUAAUUUCAUUUUAAUGUCACUUUGUACCUUAAUUAAUUAUUUCUCAUUCUAUAGGCAACCCUGGCCCUUACCAGUGAUAUUCCUAAAACUCGCGUUGCUUUAAAUAAUUCGAAUAACUUACUGCCAGUUUGUAAAAUUACUUAUAAGUAUAAAAGCAUUAGAAUGCAGGAUAUUAUCUUGAAAACUGUUUAAAUGCGCCAUGAAGACAUAUUCUAAUAUAAAUAAUGCAUAUUUUUUGAUUUUGUAUACUGUUCUAUUUUUAUGUAACCUGUGUGUAAAAUAAUUAUGUACCUGUGUUGUGACUGCUAGUGUUGUAUGUUAUUGUGUAUUUUGUUGAUCUUUGCAGCUUUAAUUUAUUAUUAUUAUUAUUU